CUGGGUCUGUAUCCUAGAGUACAACCAACGAAAACGGACUGAGGCACGUCAUGCCGCAUCAUUCGUAAUAUCCGCUAAUAAUUCAUUAUCACAGUAUUCGAUCUGCAGCUUUAUCUUAUUAAGUAUCGUAGUCCAUUGUCACACAUUACCAAUGUCGUUUUAUUUAAUUACGUGUUAUCUCGUCCGAAGAAAACGAAUACAAAAUUCUGUAUAAUUUUUCUAUAUUUUUUAAGAAAAAACACAAGCGUGUAGAAUACGCGCCCUGCCCACUCGCGCGCGCGCACACGUGGGAUUAACGUGUAAGUUAUUUUUAUUGACAAAUCUCUCGAAGUUUACAUAUGGAAGUGUAAAAUGAUGUUACAUACGGUAUGUAACAAGAGAGACGUGGAGAUCAUAUCUUCUUUACUAUAUUUUACGAGAAAGAAAAAAAAAAAAAAAACAAGAAAAUAUUGUAAAGCAUAUACAGUAUUUAGUGCAACGGGUAUGUUAUGCGUUUAAUACACUCGUCUCGUAUUUUGUUUUCGAUUGCAUUUUUUAUUAUACGUGACACGAAACUAAUAUUUAAAAGAGAAAAAAAAAGAAAAACGGAAAAAGAAAAAAAAAUGCGAAUACACUGACAAACAUACAUAAAUGUAUUGAUGAAAUGAAAAUGAUUUUGAUUUUUAUCCUAGAAAUAAUAAAUAUAAUAUUUCAGUUUUUGUGAUGUCACUCAACGGUACAGAAUAAUUUUUAAUGAAACAAUUUUUCAAGCUUUCCUUUUUACAGUGUGUUUUAUGUACUUAGUGAAAUCUUUUUUCUUCAUACGUAGUUUAGCAUCAGUUCCUUUAAGAUAAAGUACAAAAAUGCUACAUGUGUUUCUUAACGACUCGUUUUAAUGUUCUAAUCUAUUAUGAUACACACACACGGACACGCACACACAUACACAUACAACACGCAAGCACGCACGCACGCACGCACGCAUGAAAAUUUACCGUCAAAGGAGACGAAGUCUAAUAUCAUUCGCCUUUAUCUAAAUAAGGUCACUUUUAAGAAAUUACAGCUCUCUUCGUAUACAUCACGCGGAAAUAUUCAAGAUACGCAUGUUCCAAACAAAAAGUUUUCUGUACUUAAUAAUCACGUGCCUAUUCUCAUUAAUUUGUUUCACCUAAAUAUCUAUGUUUAGAUGAAAUCAGAUUCUUGUUGCGAGACCUGUUACAUUUAAUUCGUGUCAGACAUUUUCUUAAUCCGAUUAAAAAUAAAUGAUCUCGGAUUUUGAAAAUGUUCCGAAAGUAUAGUGUAAUAUAGUCUUGCCAAGAUAGACAUAAAAAUGACCAGUGUGUAAGUACGUACGAGGUGGAAAGAAUCUUGAGUGCAAGGUAGAAUAAAUAUUAUGUGUGAUUGAUAAAAUUCCAUUUUAAAACGUAUACCAUUAGUAGUUCAGAAGAAUCUCAAAAUCAUGAUGCAAUAUUCUAAUAGAAUAGAGAGAUUUUACUGCUACAUCAGAAAAUUUCUAUAAGCAUGUUGUUAUAAUCCUUAAAUAUACAUGUCUCGUUUCGGUCCUGAUACAGGCCUUUAAAAGAAAAUUUCUGAUGAUUACUAAUUAAUAAAGUAUGUGCCUUUUUCAGAAGUAAUAACAGAUAUAUUAUGUAAGAAUAUAUGAUAUAUAUGACGAAUAAAAAAUUGUUUUUAAUAAAUUUAA